AUGGAUAUUACCAAUAAAUUCACUAACAAGAACAGUGAGAAGGUGAAAAUACAGCUGGAUCUGAACGCCAGUGCCUCUGAAGAGGAGACACUUUCAGAUCAUUAUGUCAUCCUCAGGAGCCUUGGCAAAGGGGACUUUGCUGAGGUGAAGCUUGCCUACCACCUUCACACAGAGGUGCAAGUUGCUGUCAAGGUCCUAGAAAAUGGAACCAAAAAUGAAUUCAGCAGAAAAACCAAAAUCGACAUGUAUAACACGUUAAACCACCCAUAUAUUAUCAAGCUGUUCCAUAUCAUCAACAACAAAGAAUACAUCUAUGUGGUGUUGGAACAUGCUGCUGGUGGAGAUCUCGUGAGCUAUACUGGGAGGAUGGGCAGUCUGCAGGAGGAGCAGGCCCAGCACAUUUUUACACAGCUGGUGUGUGCAGUUCACUACUGCCAUGACAAUGGCAUUGCACACAGAGACAUCAAGCUAGAUAAUAUCCUGCUUGAUGCCAAAGGCAACAACAAGCUGUGCGACUUUGGCCUGGCCACCCGAGUCACCCCCGGCCAGGGUACCAAAGGCUUCUGUGGAACCCUGGAAUAUUGUGCUCCAGAGUUUUUCUCUGGCAAGGAAUACGAUGCAAAAGCAGUUGACAUCUGGAGCAUGGGAGUGUUUUUAUAUACCAUGGUGACUGCAUCCUUUCCCUUCAAAGCCAACACCUAUUCAGACAUGAAGGAAGAGAUGCUGGAUCCCAAGUACCACCUCCCUUACACCCUUUCCCAAAACAUAGCAAACAUCCUUGUGCAGUUGUUUACUGUGAAGCCUGAGCAUAGGCCCAAGAUAUUUGACAUGAGGCAGCACCAGUGGCUCAAGACAAAGGAAAAAUUUGGGAAAAUCACACCAUCCUUACAGGCACUCUGGAACAACCUGAAUCCCUGCAUUGUGGUGGCUAUGGGGAGAAUGGACUACCACCCCAAGGACAUUAGUGCUUGUCUACGUGAGAAGAAAUUCAAUAAUAUCAUGGCCAUAUACCUAAUUUUAAACCACAAGUCACCCUGUGACCUCUAUAAAUAUGCUGCGAAAUUCUUACCGGCCCGUGUUACUAUGUCCCCAGCAGAUGCUCUCACUAGCUUUCCAACGCAGAGGGGACUGAGUGAGCCUGCUCUUCUCAACUUGCUGGAGGAACACCAGAUGCAUGAUGAGAAGGGAUCAAGAAAGAAGAGGAUGAGCAUACCGCCCGCUUGUGCUGCCAGCAUAUGGGAAACAAACAUCCUCCCGCAGCCUCCAAACUUGCUUGAAGUUAACACCCCCAACAAUAGCUCAAACACUCAGAGUUCUGGGAGCUACAGGGAGGUCCGUCACAAUUUGAACACCACAGCAACAUAUGACAUCCAGAGAGUUUCUCUUAAGACAACAUCCAAGGACAGCUAUGGUGAUAUACCUCCUGAAGGCAUACCCAAAAUCCAGAGAUACUCCCUUCAGGCAACAUCAAAGAAGAGUAUUGAAUUUGUCGCUCCUGAAGGCAUACCUGAAAUCUGGAGAUCAUCUGGUUCGGAAAAAUCUAAGAACAGUUUUGAAGAUGUCCCUUCUGAAGAAACUACUGCAAUCCAGAAAUCAUCCAUUCAGGAAACAUCCAAUAACAGCUUUCACGAUGUCCCUCCUGAAGACAUUGAUGCAAUCCCAAGAUCUUCUCUUCAGCAGUCAUCCCAGAAGAGCUUUAACAAUGUCCUCCUUGAUGGCAUACCUCAAAUCCAGAGAUGUCACAUCUCUGAUGAUGUCCUAUCUAAACACAUAUGUGAAAUCCCGAGAUCUUUCCCUCAGGAAACACUCAAUAACAGCUGCAACGAUGUCCCUUCUGAAGAAAUCCCUGAAAUCCAGAGAUCUUCACUUCUGGCUACCUCUAAGAACAGCUUUGAAGAUGGUCCUCCUAGAGAUGUAUCUGCAGCUUCUGAGAGCCGUCUAUCCCGAGCAUGGAAGAGGGUGAAGAAGAGAAUUGGAAAUUGUCUGAGACGACUAUGUUGCUGUGUGCCAGCCUCCAAAAGAAGUCAUUUUUCUCAUAAGGAAGUGGAACCUGUGGAAAUGGAGAGCAGUACAGUCAAACAAAUGCAGCUCCAUGGGGUGCCCUAG